UGCAGUGCGUUCAUCUUGUCGCAGCUACUUCCGCAAUCGACAACGUGUUCUUCCGUGUUUCCAAUGUAACUCACGAUGGACGCCAGCGUCAUAAAGGCUAUAUUAUUUGACUUGGACAACACGCUCAUUGAAACAAGUUGGGCAAGUGAAUGUGCGAUACAAAAGACUCGCGAACUUUUGAAGAGCUCACUGGUUGUCGACGAUGACGUCAUCACCAGUAUAUGUGACAUGUUCAAGCACAAACUCCAUCAUGAGAAGUUUGACCCUGCAGCUGGUAGAUCCAUCGAUGAGGUCCGAGUGGGUCACUGGGAGGAGAGCAUCAAGGAAACUGUGGACAGUUCACCAGCAGCCCUCCCGGCGCAGUGCUACCACAUGUGGAAAAAUAGUCGACUGGCGCUUCUUUGUUUGUCCCCGGAGCUGUGCAGUUUUCUCAAACAACUGCGGAAGAGAUACAAGCUGCUGCUCUUGACAAAUGGGAACUCUCAAACGCAAAGGGAGAAAGUUAAGGCGGUCGGUUGUGAAGGGUUUUUUGAUGCAGUUGUGUUCGGGGGAGAUUACGCUGAGCAGAAACCCUUCCCCUCGAUCUUCAGACUAUGUUUUGAUCUGCUUCAGGUGGACGCCCAGGACUGUAUCAUGGUUGGAGACUCACUGGACACGGACAUCCAGGGUGGGUUCAGCGCUAAAGUGCAUGCUACAGUUUGGAUUAACAGUACAGGAGGUGCAGUGCCUGUUGGUUCUGUGACUCCAGACUACACUAUUCCUACUGUGUUGGACCUGGAAGAAAUUCUGGCACAACUAAAUUAAGGACAACUGGUGUUCAACCACGACCGAUGUUGACUAAUGUUUCCAUUACAUCUAGGUGAAAGUCUACCUUAUAACAAUGCCACAAAAUGUAAUAUUUUGUUAAAUCUUAAAAGUAAUUUGAUUACCAAACACAAUCUUUAUCCAGAUCAAAAAUGUGCUACCUGUGAGGUCUGCAUUGUCGCAAGGUCAUAAAAUAAAUGGUAAAUGGGUUAUACUUGUAUAGCGCUUUUCUACUUUCAAGGUACUCAAAGCGCUUUGACACUAUUUCCACAUUCAGCCAUUCCCACACUGAUAACUGGAGAUGUCAUGCAAGGCCCUAACCACGACCCAUCAGGAGCAAGGGUGAAGUGUCUUGCUCAAGGACACAAUGGAUGUGACUAGGUUGGUAGAAGCUGGGGAUCGAGCCACGAAGGUUGCUGGCACAGCCCUCUCCCAAUCGUGGCAGAUGUUACUGUAAAGAUUCAAUCUCAAGUCUAUAUUACCUUGUUGGUGGUUGCUGGUUGUUUCCAUGAACAUUAAUCAUGUGUUAUUGUCAUCAAAUUGAAUUGUAUCAUUUGAACACAAUAUUAAAUUUUUUAAAGCAACAAGCCUUCAACAUUUUCUUUUUACCUGAUUUUGUAACUACUUUUUCAACAAGUUGCACAAAAAUUCCAAUGUUUUGAGGCACACUUUUUCAAUAACA